AUGGCUCGCGCAUCCGAUGUCGAGGGCGAUGUCAAGUCAAAAUUCGACGUCAGUCACGUCGAGCACACCGAGGCAGACUACAGCCGCAACAUCGAUGCAAAGAUCCGCAAUCCACUCAUCGGAAUCUCCAAGUCAGACCUGCGUGUCCAGGUAUCUGGCUUCUGCCGUGAGUUCGGCUUCCGCGAGAAAGAAGACGUCUUCUACCGCGGUGCUCUCGCAGCACAAAACCCAGAGACAUACGACUCGUUCGAAGAAUUCACCGAAGAAGACAAGAAUGUACUCCGCCGCGAGAUCACCCACAAAUGGCAUCUUCCGCGGGACCUCUACUGGAGCAUCGCCCUUUGCUCUCUCGGCUCCGCCAUCCAAGGAUGGGACAACACAGGUGCCAAUGGUGCGAACCUCUCGUUUCCCCAAGAGUUUGGCAUCGCACACAGGCAGGCACUCGUUGGUUUCAUCAACGCCGCCCCGACAAUGUUCGGUCUCCUGAGCGCGUGGGCUGCUGAUCCUAUCAACAACUACCUCGGCCGCCGCGGAACCAUUUUCCUGACUGGUCUUUUUUGCGUUUUCCCCGUCCUCGCCCAGGCUUUCACCCAGAACUGGUGGGGUCUUUUGAUUUGCCGUUUCUUCAUGGGUUUAGGAAUGGGCGUCAAAAUCUCGACUAUUCCAGUGUACUCGGCCGAGGUUGCGCCUGCUGCUAUUCGAGGCGGAAUCGUCACAAGUUUCCAGCUCUGGGUUGCCUUUGGUAUCUUUGUUGGAUUCUGUUCCAACCUUAUUUGGUUCCGCAUCGGAGACUUGGCCUGGAGAUUUCAACUGGGUGCCGCGUUUGCUCCCGCCAUUCCCGUCUUGCUCUUCGUGUGGUUUUGCCCUGGUACGCCUGAUGAGUUUCAGUUCUGUACGCAAAUGACUGACAGGUAUCUAGAAUCUCCACGUUGGUUAAUGAAGAAAGGUCGCUACCAAGAAUCCUUCAACUCCUUCUGCCGCCUUCGAAAUACCGAGAUGAUGGCUGCCAGAGACCUGUACUACGCCCAUAGACAGGUCAUCGAGGAGAAAGAUGCUUUCGGAGGCCAAACACUCCUACGACGAAUUACCGACUUACUUGUGGUUCCCCGUCUUCGUCGAGCAACCAUCGCCUCAUCUUGGAUAGUCAUCUCACAACAAUUUAGUGGAAUAAACAUCAUGGCCUUCUACUCUUCGACAAUCUUUGAGCAGGCUGGCUAUUCUGCCCAAAAAUGCCUCCUCGCUUCCAUGGGCUUUGGUCUGGUCACGUUCGUCUUUGCCUUCCCGGCAGUGUUCAUGAUGGAUACUUUUGGUCGCAGAAAUCUGCUAUUGGUUACCUUUCCCAACAUGGCGUGGUGCUUGCUUGCUGCAGGACUUUGUUUCCUGAUGGAUAAAAGUUCAAGUGCAAGGGUCCCGCUCAUUGCAUUCUUCAUCUACCUUUUCACAGCCAUGUACGGGCCAGGCAUGGGUCCUCUCCCGUCCAUUUACUUCUCCGAAGCAUUUCCUCUAUCUCAUCGGGAGAUUGGCUCAGCGUUUACGAUUUGCGUGAACAACGCGGUUGGCAGCGCCCUCACAAUGACCUUCCCCGAGCUCCUGCACAGAAUCGGACCGACUGGUGCCUUUGGCUUCUAUGCCGGACUCAAUGUGCUCGCCUUUGUUGUCAUCUUCUUCCUCAUUCCUGAGACUAAACAACGAACACUAGAAGAGCUAGACUACAUCUUUGGGGUUCCCACACGUCGGCACGCUGCCUACCAGGUACGCAUAUGGCUCCCUUGGGUAGUGAGAAGAUAUGUACUGUUCCAGAGAAAAGCCAAGCUUGAACCCCUUUACCAUCUUGCGUAG